GUUAUGUAGACAGAAGCAGGGGAUGUAGGGCGACCGUGCUGGAGUGUGUGCGUGUGUGUGUGUGUGUGAGAGAGAGAGUGUGUGUGUAUGACAGAGAGAAAGAGAGAGCGCGUGCGUGUGUGUGUGCUUGUGCGCGCAUCACCGUAGCCAUGAUGGCCCCCAAGCCGCCGCCGCUGCGCUCAGCUGUGGAGAACCGAAGCGGCGGCAGCGGCGCCUCCCUUCCACGGCCGGAGAGCGUCAAGCCCCGGCAGAGGCACCGGUAAAGCCGCGGGGCGGAGUGAGGGCGGAGGGCCGGAGGGGGAGGGAAGGGAGUAGCCCCCUCAUGCCGCCCGGUCUCCUCCAUGCCUUCGCCCAGACUCUCCACCAGCCAUUCGACAAAGAGGGGCGCGAGCCCGGGCGGCGGAAGCAGAACCAGAACCAGAACCAGAACCAUGAGCAAGGAUUACACCACUAAUCUUUCCGUGCAGCAAGUGCUGAGCCUAUGGGUGCAGGGCACCGUCCCCACGCUGCAGCACUUCACAGAGAUGUGGUACUGGGUGUUCCUGUGGUGCCUGUUCUCCUCGCUGUUCGUGCACGGCGCCGUGGGGCUGCUGAUGUGCGUGAUGCUGCAGAGACACAAGCGCGGCCGCCUCAUCACGCUGGUGCUGAUCAGCGCCGGUUUCAUCGCCUCGCUCACUGGAGGAGUCAUCACCAGUGCAGCGGUGGCGUGGGUGUACCGAGUGGCGGGGAAGGACAUGGCUCCUCUGGAAGCUCUGGUGUUUGGUGUGGGUCAGACCACGCUCUCCAUCAUCAUCUCCUUCUCCCGAGUCCUCGCCACGCUCUGAGAGGACACGCUACGCCACUGGAGGACCCAAACUACAGCCAGACGGCUAGCUAGCUAAUUAGCUAGCUUGUUAGCUAAUGAGAGGCGAGACGGG